AUGGCAGCGAAAACCAACAAGUGGAGCACCGCGUCAGGCAGUGGUUUCACUUUCAAAACUUCAUCAUCAUCACCUUGUGGGAAUGCUACAAAUCAUAAUAAUAACCCUGUUGGGCAUUCUUAUGAUCCCAGAAUAAGGACUUCUGCAGCUUCUAGCUCCUCAUCAGGGAUGAGUGAUGAACCAAAUAUUGAUCUUCCACUAGUUUAUGCAAAUUUCCUCAACCAAAACCCCAAUUUUGAAUCUGGGAUUGAGAGCAGUAAUCCAGAUCAAGUUCGAACAGCUUUUGAUCCUUCUCUGGAGAAUAAUUCAAGGCUAUCAAAAACAGAUGUUUCUGAUCCAGGUACUUUGCCUGAAGAAAUUGCUCUUACUGGGUGUUUGAAUCUUCCAGAACAACCAUCCACACAUUCUACUGAGGCUAAUAAUGGUGGCCAAGGGUGA